CAGUUCCGGAGUGCUUUGCUGCUAUUAGGAGGGAGGGGGCUAGUCAAAAUAAACUUCCAGCUAUCGGGAGAGAAAAGAAAGAAGGAUACACGGCUCCGACAAACUUUUCAUAAGACCAAUUACGAGUCAAGCGCAAACUAAUAGCCAGCAUUUCUGUAUGUAUUCAAACUUUCAAUAAUUCAACAUGACUAGCCCAUGCAUUAAUGACACUGUAUACUAAUAUAACCUGACAGGAAAGCAUGCUGAUAUCGGUUCCACUCUGUUAACCGCCUUUGUUAGUUAGAGGUUUUAACUGUAGCCUAUCUUCAUCACUUUAGUUGUGAACACGGCAAGUGUUAUCGGAUUACGAAUGUCUAUUACUUAAGAUAAGAUGCUUAUACAAUUUCCACCUUACCCAUGUAGUUAGUUGUAGGCAAUAUUCAGCAAUAUUGUAGGUUAGUUGUAAUUUUAGUUUUUCAUGCUUUAGUUUACUUUAGAGGCUUGGUCAUUUGGAUGUAUUGAACGAACUUUCGUUCACAUUUCCAACCUAAAAUCCUCUUGCAUAUUUCAAAACGUUUCAUGCAAAGUGAUCUGUAAGAUUUAAGUUGGUGGUUCGCAUAAUUAGGAACGAUGGCUGGCGUGGUGCGCACCCUUAGCCGGUGUCUGCUCCCAGCCGAAGCCAGUCAUGAGAGAAGUAACAGCAAAGAGAGAACUCGGGAUACUCGAGACCCAAAUCAAGAACGAGAAGCAAAGCGACGCAGUCGUGAAAUUGAUGCUAUGCUUGCCCGUGAGAGACGGUCAAUCCGCCGGUUGGUGAAGAUUCUGCUCCUUGGAGCCGGGGAAAGUGGAAAGUCCACGUUCUUGAAACAAAUGAGGAUUAUACAUGGGAAAGAGUUCGACCAGAAAGCACUGCUGGAGUUCAGGGAUACUAUCUUCGAGAACGUCAUCAAGGGUAUGAGGGUGCUGGUGGACGCCCGUGACAAGUUAGGCGUGACCUGGCAGAACUCGGAGAACGAAAAGCACGGCAUGUUCGUGAUGUCCUUCGAGAACAAGGCUGGGCUUCCGGUGGAGCCCUGCACCUUCCAGCUAUACGUCCCCGCCCUGCAGGCCCUGUGGGGGGACACGGGGAUACAGGAGGCCUACGCGCGCCGCAGUGAGUUCCAACUGAGUGAAUCAGUGAAGUAUUUCCUGGACAACUUGGAUCGAAUUGGGGAUCUGAGUUAUGUCCCAAGCAGGCAGGAUAUCCUUUUGGCCAGGAAAGCGACUAAAGGUAUUGUGGAGCACGACUUUGUCAUCAAGAAGAUCCCCUUCAAGAUGGUCGACGUCGGGGGCCAGCGCUCCCAGAGGCAGAAGUGGUUCCAGUGCUUCGACGGCAUCACCUCCAUCCUCUUCAUGGUGUCCUCCAGCGAGUACGACCAGGUCCUGAUGGAGGACCGCAGCACCAACCGCCUGCUGGAGUCCAUGAACAUCUUCGAGACCAUCGUCAACAACAAGCUCUUCUCCAACGUCUCGAUCAUCCUCUUCCUCAACAAGAUGGACCUGCUGGUGGAGAAGGUGGGCAAGGUGAGCAUCCGGAAGCACUUCCCGGACUUCCGCGGCGACCCGGACCGCCUGGAGGACGUGCAGGCCUACCUGGUCCAGUCCUUCAACCGCAAGCGGCGCAACCGUAGCAAGCCGCUCUUCCACCACUUCACCACCGCCAUCGACACGGAGAACAUCCGCUUCGUGUUCCACGCCGUCAAGGACACCAUCCUGCAGGAGAACCUCAAGGACAUCAUGCUGCAGUGAGAGAACGCUGCUUUGGCUCUUGGGCUCUGGCGGAGGGGCCCGUCUGACUGCACUGUAUGUCCUCAACAACCCCCCCCCCCCCACACACACACACACACACACUCUUCUCCUCGCAAACCAGAUCGCUCCUAUUCUGUCCUCCCACCACUCAGCGCACUGACAUUCCAGACAUAAACAAGAGUGUGUGUACUGCUCGACUUUGCACACUCUUGUGUGUGAACUCCAUUUACAGUGUUUGACUUUGAGAUGAGUAAGAACAACACAUAACUGUUGUGCGAUGUUUUUAGAUGGGUUAAGGAAAUGUAUGUUUAAACAAUACAAUACCAAUGUCUCUCACAGUAUGAGAAAUAUGUCACAGCUUUUACAUUUAGGAUGGGUCACUUUAUUUUCUUCAUGGGAAAAUUAUGUUUUCAAAAGUUUUUUUUGGACCAGGGUAACAUAACCUUUUUUUGCUGUACAAUAUUCAGAGCAAAUCACUGAGCUAUUCAUUGUAUAUAUGCAUGUGAAUGGAGGUUUAUGUACGUUGUCGUGUUUGCAAUCUACAGUUGGCAACUCUCUCUCUCUGUGUGUGUGUGUGUGUGUGUGUGUGUGUGUGUGUGUGUGUGUGUGUGUGUGUGUGUGUGUGUGUGUGUGUGUGUGUGUGGGAAAGGAGGAAAGUUGUCCUUUCCAAUGUACUGACUGAUUCAAAGUUGUUUUGAGGAUGAGACAAUGAAAUUACAAGGACUUCCACUAGGGACUUCCUGUAUUACCAACCAAUCAAAUUUGAACUGCAGCUAAUGUCUCCCUCUUACAUUAAGGAUAGGGUCAUGUAAUGGGUGGGAAAAUAUCCAGAGAUUUGAUAAUUGUGUUUUAGUAACUCUGAAGAAGGGAAGGUCAUUUUAUUUAAACAGAUUAUUUGCUGUGUGGUGCAAAUCACAUUCAGAUUUGGGGAGUUACUGUACGGUAUGUAUAAAUUCACAGCUUCAGUCUGUUUUCCUAACGGAUGAAACUCGAGCAAUGCCCAAGGAAUUUUCAGUGGCUCCCUUCCAGCAGUGUCAUUAUUACGGAAGGCAAACAAAAGCUGUUCCGACAUCCUGUUGCACCGAACAUUCCAGCUGAGCUGUUUUUGAAUCUCGAGACAUCGUUUGAUAUUUUUCAUGUCAGCUGUACGUUUUUUUUUUUUGCAAUAACAAAAAAAUGCCCAAAGAGUGAAUCACUUCAAUUCUUCAUCGCCUUUAACUGUGGAUUCCCAAAACAGUGCAAUUUGGUGGUUUCCAGCAUUGCUUCUGCCUUCACAUCUAUGUACAUAAGCAGAACAGGGCUUCUGUGUAUGAGUUUUAAACCAUUUCAUCUUUGAAUUACAUUGCGCUUGUUUUGUGUGGAGGGUUAACUGAGCAGUGACAAGUCUUUGAAACUGGCACAUGACAGAUACAGAAAAGACUGGUCAGUAUCGAUUGAAGGAGUUGGAACAGAGUAGUGUCACUGAGAUCUCCUAUCGCCACUAAAUCAUGUACAACAGAGCCACUGUUGUGUCUUUGAAGAGCUUCAUUGCACUGCACUGCAUUGCUGAUUUGUUUGAGGGGUACCAGGGAGAUGUUUCGGCUCUACCGUACUCGCUGAUAAUUGAAUUCAAACCGCUCAAAGACUUCACUCCAUUUAUAGUGUAAUUGAACUUUCUCAAGGGGAUUCUUGGGGGAAAUGUCCUGGAAUUAGCCAAACAGUAUAAAUAGUCCAAAACAUGGUGGCUGUCUCUCUCUCCCCCCCCCCCCCCCCCUUUCUCAUACACUGAUUUCUCGGCGGGCGAGUGUGAUUCUGAGUAAUGGGGAAGCAAAAGACGACGCAGUUAACACCGCACGUUAAGUUGGCGAAUGAUUUACUGUGUUUUUGAGUUUCCCUCACCCACAGAAAACAAAAGGCCAUUCCCAGAGGUGCGCACAGAUGUGGAGAAGUGCGGGGGUCCUCUGAUGUGGGCCCCGAGGCACUCGCUUCGCCUGUCUUUCACUCUGCCUCUGCUUUAGUCAUUAGAAACAGUCCUGACUGAUUCAUGGACUCCUUGGGCAGCAAGCGUCUACCUUAUAGUUGUGGGUCUGGUUUCUGCUAGCUGUGGCUGUUUAAGGAGAAAACACACGGUGGAUUCUGUAAGUCAGACAUGAUACCAGGUUGUAAGAUUAAGGAUGUGAUAUGCUGGAUUUUCUGGGUGGUCUCUUUGGGUCAGAAAAAUAUUCCAAAGUAAUGUGUAUUGGAUAUCUGAUAAAAAUGCCGUGCUCUGUCUCUCCUCGUAAUCAGCCAGUCAACAUCAGGCCAAUGUCUCUCCACCCCUCCCUAAAAACCACUGUUGUGUCCACAGGAAGUAGUCAGUUCUGGAUCCAGAUUUGUGUGUGUGUGUGUGUGUGUGUGAGCCAUACUUGUUCUCUUUGCCUGCAUGUGUCCCAAGAGAGUCAUACCCCACAUCUAAAUCCACAUGCUACAUCCUGCAGCCUAAAAAGCACACAUCCUGUGCAGUUUCAUCAAUUACACUAAAUCUACACCUUAAGUAUUGUAAUUCAGGGCAGUUCUAUAAUGCUGUAUCAAACAUGAUGCCAUGAAAUAUAUCUCCUGGUGCUGUUGAUUAGGAGACAUCUUUUCUUUUCUUUUUUUUAAAUCUGUGAAUUCUGAGUUUGUAGACGUACUUAAAUGUGUGUUUACAUCAGCAGUUUCAUCAGUUACUUGCCAAAAGCUUCAAUGACAUGCUAGCAAAGUUACGGUGCUAUCCACAUAGCAGCCAACCCUGGAAGGGAUGAGGCCAAAUCUGCUCCAGGAUUCCCCCCACCCCAAUCCCCCCCGCCAAUCAGCUCUCACAUCUGCCCUUUGGACCAAACACAACCCACAGCCGGGUUACAGAAUUGUUGGUUUGCGCAACUUAAUGCAAUAAAGCUUUGAACGAACCGAUAUGUCCAAUCAAGUGUGUGACGGGAGAGGGUCACGUUGUUCCAAGCACAGGGUUAACAGGGUUGUGGCGGCUGUCUUGACACGGUUGUGGACUGCAUGGAGGUCUGUCUUCUUCGAGGCAGAUUUGACAGCCUUCUUUUCCGUGAUAAAAUUGAUGAACGUGUAGCAGGGAUGCCUUGUGACAGCUGCCGCACUGUGCACUGUAAUGAUGUUUGCUCAGACUGUUUAAUGUGGAAAUGUGUUUUAAUGCUCCAUUAAUCCUCUUUAAUGCCCUCCCCCAAGGGACUGUGUCAGAAUACUGUGGCUACUAACUGUACUAACUGUCAAGGUUUUAUUUUUACCUUUAGUUUGCGGUGUUCACCCUGACCUUCCUUUCAAGUCUAACAUAUGCGGUAAUUGUAAAAAGCGUGAAAACAUAUGUGAUUGACUGUAUUACAGUUGUUUUGUAUAUAAGAAUUGUAUAAAAAGCAAUAAAUGUCUUUUAUGUUA